UUUGACUUGUGAUUGUUCGGCGUACGUUCGGCAGCAGAUUUUACUGAUACGACACAUUUUUUGGGUUUUCUAGCGCUUCUUAAUUUUUAAAAGGGAUGUUGUUUUUUUGAGCACCUGCUCCCAUGUGGGUAAAUGUAGCGUCCAUUGCGUCAUGGUUUUGUAGUGUUUAUGAUGUUUAUCAGUUUCCGAUUUGGACGAGUGGCAUUCACUAAACUUUUUCUUUAUUGCGAGUCUCACGAGUGCAGAUUUACACUCGUCUCACAGACUCUCACUCACCUCUUCCCACAUACGUAUUUUUAAGGCUCUUGGAAUUGUUCAUUGUGGAGUUAGGCUUGGUGGGCCUAAGGUUCUAACUGAAACCCACACCUAUCAUGAAUAAUAACCCUGGAAGCAGCCAUAAGCCAUCCGUCGCUGUGCUCCAGCAUGCAGUGACGUCCAGAACACAGUACGAAAUCCCGUUGCAUUUUGGGAUUACAUUCGUACGGCAUGGAGAAAGCACUGGAAACAAACUAGGUGUUGUUCAAGGCCAUCAGGAUUAUCCUUUAUCUACUCUGGGAUUGAAUCAAGCUCAGCAGCUGGGAAUCAACAGUGUGAUGAAUCUUCGCGUUUCGCACAUUUAUUCCAGCGAUUUACAACGGGCUGUCAAGACAGCCGAAAUUUUACGGUCGUAUUUACUGCAUGCUCCGGAGAUUCAGUACGAUAAACGCCUUCGAGAACGGGGUUUUGGCAGUCUGGAAGGUCUAAGUCUUAAACAGUUUCGAGCCGAACUGCAGAAAUCUGGCGUACACAUGACAGAUCUGAAACCUCCAGGCGGAGAAUCCACUGCAGAUUUACGGGCUCGCGUAAUAUCUUUCAUGGAAGAUUUGCUCACGACCCUUCGAGCCUUCGACAAAGAACGCCUCAAGGAGCUGGCAGCCAACCCGAACGCCGCCAGCCCAUCCUACUAUUCAGAAUACCAAGUGCCUUCCGGUCGCAGCAAUCCCGGUGCGCCACCAUCUGUUAAUGACCCUUUGGGUGCCAGUGUGUUGAUUUUUACUCACGGUGGAUUCAUCCGUGAAGCACUGCUCUAUUUGGAACAGGAAUACAACUUCUGCGUUGAAUCUCAGCGACAUUUGCUCAAGGCCGUGUCACCUAACUGCGGCAUCUCGACAUUGACGAUCAAGAUCACUGAGCCCAAAACAACGGUUAAUUGCAUGUGGUUGCACCGAAUCUACCACGUCAGCGAUAAUUCUCGUCCCAAACUGAACCAGUCCAUGUCAAUUGCGGCGUUGAGGGCCCGCUCGCAGUCAGCCUCCGGAGGCAACAGGAAACAGUUCAACUCUUCCAUAUCGAUGAUGUGAUAGAAAAAACUUAGCGACAUGAAAAUAAGAUUCUCUAAAUUACGGUGAACAGAUUGUAGACUACUAGAUUGCUGUAGGAUUUAUAAUACGGCGCCAUGUUCAGAAACACUAUGUGCGUAACUGAUUUUUAGUGCUGAUUGUUUUUUGUGUUACGCGGUGAUCUACAUUAUUUUUAUGGCGGUUUGAAUGUUUUGUGCAUAUCAGCUAUGCAGGAUUAUUUGCGAAUGUCCGAUUUAACUUUUUUUGGCUUACCAUGGCCUCAUCUGCUUUUAUUUUUUUUCACAAAAGUUUAUCUGGUCUUAAGCGGAAUGUCGGUGCUACAGAUAAAACUUUCACCUACA